AUGAUGACAGACAUGGAACCAAUACACAGGGCCGCCCGCGAGGGCGACGUGGACGCGUUGCGACGAGAACUCGAGAGCGGUGUCUCGCCCGACGUAGUAUCUCCGCAGGGCUUAGUGCCUCUCCACUAUGUCGUAGCUUGGGCCGACCAUGAUCGAGUCGCCUGCGUCAGACUACUCGCAGCCGCGGGAGCGAAUAUGUCAUCGGCCACCCCCGACGGGAAGAUGACGGCGCUUCUGUAUGCUGCCAGGGACUGUAAUCCGACAGUUAUGGCCGCCCUGCUCGACGCCGGUUCGGACGUGAACCAACGCGAUGCCGACAAUUGGACGCCUCUUCACUACGCAAUCUAUAGCGAUCGUGGUGCCGACUCCAUCCGCAUUCUCAUUAAUGCAGGUGCCGCGUUGAACGCGAGGUGUAGAGACGGAAUGACGCCCCUGGAGCUCUGCAUAUCGCGGCGUCAGAGGUUUCUCCGAAGCAUUUCCGCCGGCGAUGCCGUUAACUCGGAGAGACAACGCCGCCUCUACCCGAUUUUGCUCCGCGCCGGCGCCGCCCUCCCCGCAGAAACGGACGACGCGUACAUACGAAAAGUGCGCGCGGCGGGCAGCUUCCAAAAUUACGAGCGCGCCCACCUCAACGCCAUCACCGCGACGUUCCUCCAAAAGCUCCCUAGUCUCCCGCCGGAGAUGGUCCGGCGAGUCGUCGAGUACGCGUUCCACGUGGGCGACUAUUGA